AGUCCCCCACCCUGUCCCCCCAAAUGCUGUCCCCUCAGUACUCUGCUCCCUCUUUGGCAUGGCCAUCCAGAUACAUGGAGGGGAGGAGGUCAUACACACCCUACAGGUCAUAGAGAAAGGCAAGUGGGUGCCGUUUGUGUCUGAAGAGUGUGCCUACCAAGUGGAGUCUCACUCAGAAGACCUCAUAUUUUAUGUUCCCUUUACAGCCCCAUGUGUGACCAUCGGAAAUGGAGUUCAUCGACUGGUCCUAUUGGACGGCCAGGACUUGAUCCUCUCCUGCCCCUCACACCACCCUCCUCCAUUUCCCUUUUUUCCCUCUCCUCCAUUUUCUCAACCCUUCUCUCCUGGUGACCCGCAGCAGCAGAUACCUGACCCUGUGACUUUUGCUCCCUCCACCAGCCCUCCCCUUACCUCUCUUCCCAUCACCCCUUAUACUCAACCCCCAGCCCAGGAACAGAUGCCCCAACUUCCUGCGUUCCCCCACCACCUCCCUCAUGGCAUGUAUCCCCAAAUUCACCAUUUCCCUUACGGUGGAGCUGGUUAUCACCCUCUCCUCCACCCUGGUCACGAACCAUACCCUGGCUCCCAUCAUCUUCUCCCAGGGAGAUACCCAGGCCAGCAGCCCUUCUUCCCCAUGGGGCCUGGGAAUCACCCCUACGGCUCUGGAGACCACCGUGACUCCUUUUACCACUCCCCGCCCCCUACCCACGAUCCCAUGCUCUACUAUUAUAAUGAAAUCGCCCCUGGUGUCCACCGUCCUUCUGUUGUCUAUCCUACUCCUCUUAUAGCUAUCCGACCACCGCAUCCCGCCGGUUAUACCAAACCUCCUCCUUUUGCCGGUUAUACCAAACAACCUCCUCCUUUUGCCGGUUAUACCAAACAACCUCCUCCUUUUGCCGGUUAUACCAAACAACCUCCUCCUUUUGCCGGUUAUACCAAACCUCCUCCUCCCGGUUAUACCAAACCAAACAAAACCUCCUCCUUUUGUUAUACCAAACCACCUCCUCCCGGUUAUACCAAACCUCCUCCUCCCGGUUAA